GGCCCGCCACGCUACGCCCCAGACCCAUGUCACGUAACGUGCGUCCCCUCGACUCCUGUUGUACUUUCCAGCUUUCCUACACGUUUCACAAUUUCUGUAAACACACGGCGGCACCGUCAUGUCUCUCGGAAAAGCUGCCCGGGGUUUGGUGAAGCCUCUUCGGGGCGUCCUGCGGCCCUCGGCCUCGGCUGUGAGUCGGAGCUACGCCGCCGCCGCUGAAGCCAGAGCUGUGCUGAACGGCGAGCUCGAUGCUAUCCGAGCCGCGGGGACGUGGAAAGGGGAGAGGAUCAUCACGUCCAAGCAGGGACCCCAUAUCAACGUGGACGGCAGUCGUGGCAGUAUGUUGAAUUUCUGUGCCAACAACUACCUCGGUCUGUCCAGUCAUCCAGAGGUGAUUCAGGCAGGUAUCGAUGCUCUGAAGACGUACGGUGCCGGACUGAGCUCUGUCAGAUUCAUCUGUGGCACACAGGAUCUACACAAAAAUCUGGAGCAGAAGCUGGCAGAGUUCCAUGAGAGGGAGGACUGCAUCCUCUACGCCAGCUGUUUUGAUGCUAAUGCUGGGCUGUUUGAGGUUCUGUUGGGCCCGGAUGACGCAGUACUGUCUGACGAGCUAAACCAUGCCUCCAUUAUCGAUGGGAUCCGUCUGUGUCGGGCAAAGAGGAUGCGCUACAAACACAUGGACCUCAGUGACCUGGAGAUCAAACUCAAAGAGUCUCAGUCAUCUCGUAUGCGCCUGAUAGUGACAGAUGGAGUCUUCUCGAUGGAUGGAGAUGUGGCUCCUUUACAAGGAAUCUGUGACCUGGCUGAACAGUACGGAGCCAUGGUGUUUAUAGAUGAAUGUCACGCCACAGGCUUCCUGGGGAACCGGGGCAGAGGAACAGACGAGCUGCUGGGAGUGAUGGACAGAGUUCACAUUGUAAACUCCACCUUGGGGAAAGCACUGGGAGGAGCAGCCGGUGGCUACACAGUUGGGCCUAAGCCUCUCAUUGACCUGCUGAGGCAGCGCUCACGACCGUACCUGUUUUCCAACUCCCUCCCCCCUCCUGUGGUGGGCUGCGCCACCAGGGCUGUAGAGCUGCUGCUGGCCUCCAAUGAGAUUGCACAGAGCAUGGCGGCCAAAACCAUGAGGUUCAGGAACAAGAUGUCACAGGCUGGCUUCACCAUUGCGGGCUCAGCUCACCCGAUCUGUCCCGUAAUGCUCGGAGAUGCACGGCUGGCCUCUCUGAUGGCCGACGACAUGCUGAAGCUAGGCGUGUAUGUGAUUGGAUUCUCCUACCCCGUCGUACCAAAGGGCAAAGCCAGAAUCCGCGUUCAGAUUUCAGCCGCACACACAGACGAAGACAUCGACCACUGCAUCGACGCUUUCAUCCAGACAGGCAGAAAGCAUGGAGUCGUUUCUUGAAAAGGACAAAUAAGCAGGAAUCAGAAGGAUUCAGCAACCAGUAUGAAUUACUGAAGAGCCUCGAACCGCUUGCCCUCGCAGAUCUUGCUGCCUGUUACUCAAGACCUAUGAAUGAUUUUGAUGGAAAUACUAGUUACAUUUGUAGGUCAACAGAGGUUAAUGUUAUCUUUGUGUUGGCUUGGCUGAAUAAAGCACUUUUGCUAACGUGUAGAUGUUUGUACUUUAAGAAAAAGGGCUCUUAAUUCCAUAUUUCCAACAUUUUUUUAUGAGGGAGAAAAUGUUUCUAUUGAGUCAUUGUUUCUGUUGACAAUGGUCCAUUUAUUUUGGCUCAUUUCACUUCAUUUACAGGUUAUAGUUUUGAUGAUUGUGAGGAUAAUCUUAAAUUUAAUAAUACAUCUAGUCAUAUAACCUUGCAUUAUAAGCAUUUAUUAGAAUUAAACUCAUCCUUCAAAACCAGUGAAAGAACUGGGGCUCUUUGUUAAUGCUAAUUAGUGAGAGAAAGUGUUUUUGGAGUUAGGGCAAAAAAUUUUUUUUUUUCCUCAACAUUCAUGAAAUUUGAAAGUGGCUUUAAGGUUUAGGCAGCCAAAGCUCAUGUGAUGUUACCCUGUACAUUGUCAGAGGGAGAGCUGCUUUGCCUUGUUCCUGAAGAGAUGCUAAAAACAGAUUUGCAAAUGCUGAAUAUGGAAAGAUGGAAAGUAUUAAAGUCCCCCUCUGCUCAAAAA